CUCAAUUUAUCCAUCCCGCCUCUUGCAGCAUCGCCAUAAACCUUACAAUAUGCCUCCCGCACACACAUACACCCCAGCACGCCAGAACCACAGUUCACUCGUUUCCACUAUAUGAAACCUAUCUAUUCGUCUCAUUUGCCACCACCCAAUCCUGACGUCUGGGUCGACUUUCGCAAGAAAACGUGGGCGAGGCGAAAAUGUCUCGCCGAAGGAAAACGUGGGUGCGGGAGGGGUUCCAGUUCGCCACUGCCACAUGGCCAACGGGGAUGCAUGGACGAAGGGAGAGUUUCUGGAUGGAGGCAGCGGGAGCUGAUGAUCUUGUUUCACGGUGCCGGUCUCCGGUGAUCUGGGGCGGAGUACUCCUCCGUUCCUUUUCUUCAAGGGUCUCGACAAGAGUACACACGAUAGCCGUAUACGGAAAGAGGGGUGGAAAGGGAAGGGAAGGGGAUGCAGGGGAAGAGCCAAUACAACCCACGAACGGCGCGGAGGGGAAACGAAGCCAGUCGCGUUCUCUCUCCGCACGCGCCGCUCUCGCACCCGACGCGCGCGUGCUGGCCAAGGGGCCCCGCUCCAUGGCCACAUUCGAUAUUAAGAACCGGGAUAGGGCUGGUACACGAGCCUGGCGAGGGCGAGCGACAGCGGAUGGGACGAGGGUAAGCAAAUACUUCGGUACCAUAGAUUGGGAAAGAGAGCUAGCCUGUGUGUGCUGGACUGGACUGGGCAGGAGGACAGGACUGGGGCGGGCAAGGCGGAAGUGGAUGCGGAUGCCGACUGGACGCCAGCUUGACGUGUCUCGCUCUGACCGGAAGUCGGCUCGCUCACUGGCUGUCGCCCACGAGUCCCAGGCGAUGAUGGGGGAAGGCGCGCCCACUUUCACCGCGCUGCGCGCUCUCGUCGCGCCCGCUUCCGCUAUCGAUACAUCUCCCCGCUGCGCUGACUGA